GAGACAGAAAGAGAGUGUUUCACACAUCAAAUAAGGAUGUUUGCGCUCAUCUGGACAGUCGUGCUCUUCUUUGUGAGAGGCACCGAUGCUCAAACGGGCACAUCAGCUGAUAAAAUACGACGCUGUGAUACCGGAAUCUGCAUCACUCCCACUGUGGGAGAACUAACAGGAGAGGCUGGACUCUGUGUUGUGAUUCCCUGUUCUUUCACCGUUGAUUCUGGCUUCAUAUUCUCAACCAUAGCUUGGUACAAAUGUGAGGCAGCUACCUGCAGUGAUUCUGACAUAAUUUUUCACGCCGGAAAGUCAUACAACAAUAAUCUGCAGGCUGAAUAUCGAGGAAGAGUGUCUCUGCUGGAGCCUGAUGUGAGGAACAACAACUGCAGCAUCAUAAUAAAUGACCUCAGGGAGUCGGACAGUGGAUCGUAUCAGCUCAGAGUUCAUGAUGAGCUCCGUCUGGGACCAGCUCGAUAUUUAUUCUCUCCAAAAGCAACUGUCACUGUGAAAGGUCUCACUCAGAAACCCUCAGUGAUCGUCCCCUCGCUGACAGACGGACAGCGAACCACACUGACCUGCACUGCUCCUGGUCUCUGCUCUGGAUCUCCUCCUAAAUUCUCCUGGACGUGGAGAGGAGCAGGAGGGAAGAAAUCUCGCAUUACAGGAAGCAUCACUGAUUUCCAGACUGAGAGUCUGACUGCUGGGACAAGGAGAUACAGCUCAACUCUGACCUUUACUCCUUCAGCUGAACACCACGACACCAAGAUCACCUGUAAGGUCCACUUUACAGGUGGAUUAUCUACAGAGGAGACUUUGGCUUUGAAUGUGAACUAUGUGAAGGAAGUUCAAAUCACCGGGGACAGGAACCCAAAGAUGGGUGACACUCUGAGUCUGACCUGCAGCGUUGAAAGUUUCCUUCCAUCAUUUAUUGCAUGGACUAAACACAAUCACAAUGGCAGCCUGAGCAAAAGCUCCACAUCAUCCACACUUGUCGUUCCUAACAUGACAGCAGAACAUUCUGGACCGUACAUCUGUGAAGCAUCUUACAGGGGAAGGUCUCUGUUUUCAUAUGUCAACAUUACUGUGAGUUCAGAUCUUGAGAGAAGUAGUGGAUCUUCUCAUCCAGUUCUUCCCUGGGUCGUUGCCGGUGUGUCUCUCAGUGUCAAUGUUCUCUUCAUAUUCUUCAUAUCUUGUCUUUGGAACUCAAGAAAGAAGGUGAAGCCAAAUCAAGAGGACAGCACUUACAUGUCACUGCAAAAGACAGACGUAUCACCAGAGUAUGAGGUUAUUACCCAGCGUCGAAACUAACGAAUCUUUGGAGGCUUCAUGAUUCACAAACCUUCACUGAUGGAUUCCUUUCCACUGAAAGCAAAUGUAAUGGAGGUUUUGUUGUUGUUGUUGCUGUGGUGAUGUCAUUUUGUUGAUUUGAUUUUCUGCAUUAGAUUGUCAACAAUAAGAGUGUUUGCAUAAUCUUUCUGUGCACAUUCAGCUGAUCAGUUCAACGUGUGACAUCUCAUCAUAUUUCUACUGUGGUUCGAUGUUUAUUUUCUUUAUUAUAAUUUCUGUUUUGCAUUGUACAGUGUGCUACUUCUCUUUAGUUUGCAUUUAAUAAACUGCAAUUUAUCC